AUGGCCGCCGCCGCCGCCGAGCCUCCGCGUCUGCAGGAACAGUCGGAGAUGGAAGAUGCUGAUAAUUCUGGAAAGAGCAUACACGAAGAAAAUGGAGAAGUAUCAGAAGACCAAUCUCAAAAUAAGCACAGUCGUCACAAGAAAAAGAAGCAUAAACACAGAAGUAAACAUAAGAAACAUAAACAUUCCUUAGAAGAAGACAAGGAUAAAAAACAUAAACGUAAGCGUAAACAGAAGAAACACAAAAGAAAAGAAGUUAUGGAUGCUUCUGAAAAAGAAGGUUUGUCUCCAGCAAAAAGAACUAAACUUGAUGAUUUAGCGUUGCUGGAAGACUUGGAAAAACAGAGAGCCUUGAUUAAAGCUGAAAAAGAGAAGACAACUAGGAGCAAAUCAAAGGAGAGGAAAAAGUCUAAACGUCCAUCCAAAAGAAGUAAGUCUCAAGAUCAAGCAAGAAAAUCAAAAUCUCCUACCCUUAGAAGGCGAUCUCAAGAGAAAAUUGGGAAGGCCAGAUCUCCUACUAAUGACAAGGUUAAGAUUGAAGAUAAAAGUAAGUCAAAAGAUAGAAAAAAAUCCCCAGUUAUAAAUGAAAGAAGUCAUGAUCGAGGCAAAAAAUCCAGAUCCCCAGUUGACUUAAGAGGUAAAUCCAAAGACAGAAGGUCACAGUCCAAAGAGAGAAAGUCAAAACGGUCUGAAACUGAUAAAGAAAAGAAGCCAAUUAAAUCUCCCUCUAAAGAUGCUUCUUCUGGGAAAGAAAAUAGGUCACCCAGUAGAAGACCUGGUCAUAGUCCUAAAAGAAGUUUGUCUCCAAAACAACGUGAUAAAUCCAGAAGAAGUAGAUCUCCACUUUUAAAUGAUAGGAGGUCUAAGCAGAGCAAGUCACCUUCUCGAACUCUGUCUCCUGGUAGAAGAGUUAAGAGCCGAUCCUUGGAAAGAAAACGAAGAGAACCAGAAAGGAGACGACUUUCUUCCCCAAGAACAGGACCUCGUGACGAUAUCCUCAGUAGACGCGAGAGAUCAAAAGAUGCCAGCCCGGUAAGUAGGUGGUCUCCAACCCGAAGAAGAGCAAGUAGAUCUCCCAUUAGAAGGAGGUCUCGCUCCCCACUCAGGCGGAGCAGGUCUCCUAGAGGAAGAAGCAGUUCCCCUCGGAGAAGGGAUAGAGGUCGGAGAAGCAGAUCACGUUUGAGAAGGCGGUCUCGAUCACCUUCAGAAGGUGGUCGUAGAAGUGGGAGCAGAAGCAAAGUAAAGGAGGAUAAAUUUAAAGGAAGUCUUUCUGAAGGAAUAAAAGUUGAGCAAGAAUCUUCAUCUGAAGAUAACCUCGAAAACUUUGAUGUAGAAGAAGAAGAUGAAGAGGCCCUAAUAGAGCAGAGAAGAAUACAAAGGCAAGCAAUUGUUCAGAAAUAUAAAUAUCUUGCUGACGAUAGCAAUAGGUCUGUGCCAUCUGAACCCAGCAGCCCCCAGAGUAGUGCUCGUACACGGUCACCUUCUCCAGAUGACAUUUUGGAAAGGGUAGCUGCUGAUGUUAAAGAGUAUGAACGGGAAAAUGUUGAUACAUUUGAGGCCUCGGUAAAAGCCAAGCAUAAUCUAAUGACAGUUGAACCAAAUAAUGGGUCAGCUCAGAAAAAGCUGGUGGCACUUGAUAUGUUUACAGAAUCUGAUGAUAUGUUUGCUGCAUAUUUUGAUAGUGCUCGUCUUCGGGCUGCUGGCGUUGGAAAAGACUUUAAAGAGAAUCCUAACCUGAGGGAUAACUGGACUGAUGCAGAAGGCUAUUAUCGUGUGAACAUAGGUGAAGUGUUAGAAGGGCGCUAUAAUGUGUAUGGCUACACUGGUCACGGUGUAUUCAGUAAUGUCGUACGAGCCAGAGAUAAUGCAAGAGCCAACCAAGAAGUGGCUGUAAAGAUCAUCAGAAACAAUGAACUCAUGCAGAAAACUGGUUUAAAGGAACUCGAGUUCUUGAAAAAACUUAAUGAUGCUGAUCCUGAUGACAAAUUUCAUUGUUUGCGGCUCUUCAGACACUUUUAUCACAAACAGCAUCUCUGUCUCGUAUUUGAGCCGCUCAGCAUGAAUUUACGAGAGGUGUUAAAAAAAUAUGGUAAGGAUGUUGGUCUUCAUAUUACAGCUGUAAGGUCCUAUAGUCAGCAGUUGUUCUUGGCAUUGAACUCCUUAAAAGAUGAGGCAAUGAAACUCCUUAAAAGAUGCAAUAUCCUACAUGCUGAUAUCAAGCCAGACAAUAUCCUGGUUAAUGAAUCAAAAACUAUUUUAAAGCUCUGUGAUUUUGGGUCGGCUUCACAUGUUGCGGAUAAUGACAUAACUCCUUAUCUUGUCAGUCGAUUUUAUCGUGCUCCUGAAAUCAUUAUAGGUAAAAGCUAUGACUAUGGCAUAGAUAUGUGGUCUGUAGGUUGUACCUUAUAUGAACUCUAUACUGGAAACAUUUUAUUUCCUGGCAAAACCAACAACCAUAUGUUGAAGCUCGCCAUGGAUCUCAAAGGAAAGAUGCCAAAUAAGAUGAUUCGGAAAGGUGUAUUCAAAGACCAACAUUUUGAUCAAAACCUCAAUUUCAUGUACAUAGAAGUUGAUAAAGUAACAGAGAAGGAGAAAGUUACUGUCAUGAGCACCAUUAAUCCAACUAAGGACCUGUUGGCUGACUUGAUUGGAUGCCAGCGACUUCCUGAAGACCAGCGUAAAAAAGUACACCAGCUAAAGGACUUGUUGGACCAGAUCCUAAUGUUGGACCCAGCUAAACGGAUUAGCAUCAACCAGGCCCUACAGCAUGUCUUUAUCCAGGAAAAAAUUUAAAUAAGAUGAAGAAGUUCCAAUGGUUUGAGUAAUUAA